AUGGACGAUGGGUUCCAGGCCAUUAUCAAAAUCCCAUACCCGAUCACCGGGCCCAAACACUACGCGACCGCCAGUGAAGCUGCCACUCUGUACUACCUGCACGCCAAAGGCAUCCCGGUGCCACGGGUGUAUGGGUAUGACUCUUCUGAGGAUAAUCCUGCCGGGGUAGAGUAUCUCGUGAUGGAAAAGGCUCCUGGUGUUGGUCUGGAGACGAAGUGGUCGAGCAUGAGCAAACGCGAACGACAUCAGCUCGCAUCCACUUUUGUUGAGAUUGAGAAAGUCUUCUUCAACAUUCCUUUUGGGGCUACUGGGAGUAUUUACUUCAAGAAAGAUGUCCCUCCUGAGCUUCAAGCGGCAUUAUACAUGCCUGAAACUGACAACGAUGCCGAACACGAGACGCUUUGUAUUGGCCCAACCGCGGACUAUAUGUUUUGGUAUGGAAAACGGGCCGGCCUGGACCUGUAUCGUGGACCAUGGAUCGAUCCUAAGGAGUACCUCAUGUCUAUCGCGGAAAAAGAAAUCCAGUGGACUCGGCUGUACGGGAAGGCCAUGGAACUUGACUUUCCACACAAUGGCGUGUUUCCAGGGGAGAAAUCUCCCGAGCAGUACCUCUCUCUGCUGGACAAAUAUCUCGCCUUGGCUCCAUAUCUACUUCCAAGAGACACAACCAGUGCACCGAAUCGACCCACUCUUCGUCAUCCCGACCUUAAUCCAAAUAACAUCUUCAUCUCGCCCGAGUCCGGCACCAUUUCAUGUAUCGUCGACUGGCAGCAUACGACGAUUGCGCCUCGACUAUUGGUGGCAGGUCACCCCCGCGCCUUCGAAAGCCCUGUGUCCGAAGAGACCUCCAAUCUCCAAGAACCUUCGCUUCCCGUGGAGUACGAGACUCUGACAGGCCAGGAAAAGGCGGAAGCCGAUGAACUGUACAACCGACGCCUUCUCUCGUAUUACUAUCGUAUUUUGAAUGGUCAUUCCAACAAGCCACAUCUUGCCGCUCUUCGUGAUCCAAUCCUCCUUCCACGUCAGCAUCUCGUGGAUCGGGCAGGAAGGCAAUGGAGUGGGAAUCUAAUGACAUUGAAGGGUGCUUUAGUUCGCAUGGUCGACUACUGGCCUUAUCUCCCGGAAACAGAAGGACUCUCGUGUCCGGUCCAAUUUACCGAAUCGGAAAUCCAUGGGUUUCACGAGGAGGAGGAGCUGUGGUUUAACUUGAAUAAAGUCGUCAACCACUGGCGGGACCAACUUGGUGGUGUGAGCGAGGAUGGCUGGAUCAGCAAUGAGCAGUAUAGUGAUGCUGUUCAAAAACUUGCGGAAUUGAAAGCCUCGCUUAUUGAUACCGCGGAGGGAGACCAGGAUGAUAUUCGUCUACUGGAGAGGGGGUGGUUGUUUAGAGAUCGUGAAGAGAUGAGUUGA